UCCAUGAGAAGUGAUCACAAGAAUAUUGCUGCAAGGAAGUUGUUGUCUUCUGUUUGGCGCUAAUAGUUUUUUCCCGUGAUCUUCGGUUACUAAAGGCCUUGAAAUAGGCCAAGUAGGAAUGAAUGCUGCCAUUAAGGAAGAAUGUUGACCUCUUUGACGAUUCUGACGAGCAUCACAACACCUCAAACUCAGUGGAUAAUUCCUACUCUGCAACCACGUCGGAGAAUAACAAGAAAAGAAAAUUAACUAGUGAAGUUAAAAACGGGACCAGAACUGUGGAUGCGGUCCAAGGUGAUCUAAACCUUCCUCUCUCUAAGAGGCAAAAGUCUGAGUACAGUGUAGGAAAGUCGGAAGGAUCUACGGUUCUGAUGGCGGAUCAAGAAAAGAGAGCUUUCUCUAAGUAUGGAAACCAUUUUAAUCAUGAAUGGUCGCCAAAUAUGAGUAUGGCCAAUUCCUCGACGAAGCCAGGUCAAGCCAAGAAGCUGGUUAUAAAGAACUUUAAAGCAAAACCAAACUUGCCUGAUAAUUUUCAAGAAGCAACAUGGAUGAAGCUAAGAGAGGCAGUCCAAGCAAUUCACAAGAAAACUUCAAUAGCAUAUAGUCUAGAAGAACUGUAUAAAGCAGUGGAGAACAUGUGUUCGCAUAAGAUGUCUGCUAUCUUAUAUGAUCAACUCAAGGCUGAAUGUGAGCAGCAUGUUCGAUCCAAUAUUGGCCAGUUCACUGGUGAUGCUAUGGAUAGCCUACUAUAUUUAACCAAUCUAAAUCAUUGCUGGGAAGACCACUGUAGACAAAUGAUUAUGAUCAGAAGUAUAUUUCUAUAUCUGGACAGGACAUAUGUUUUACAAAACACAUCUAUAUUGUCAUUAUGGGACAUGGGACUGGACCUGUACAGAAAACACAUCAUGAGUAAUGAAGUGGUACAGACAAGAACGGUCGAAGGAUUAUUAUUGCUAAUAGCAAAAGAAAGACAUGGAGAAGCUGUGGACAGAUCUCUCCUUAAGAGUCUGUUAAGAAUGUUAGCUGAUAUUCAGAUGUAUGGAGAUUCUUUUGAGUCAAAAUUCUUAAAGGCAACAGAUGUGCUGUAUGCAGAGGAAGGCAACAGAUAUAUGCAGGAAACAGAUGUCCCUAAGUACCUUGCACAUGUAGACAAAAGAAUACAAGAAGAAAUGGACAGAUUAAUGCAUUACCUGGACCACUCUACAAGGAAACCUUUAAUCCUUUCAGUGGAAAAACAGUUGAUUGGACAGCACCUUUCAAGUAUAUUACAAAAAGGUUUUGAUAGUCUGAUGAUAAGUGAUCGUAGAUCUGACCUGGCUCUCAUGUACCAAUUGUUCUCAAGAGUCAAGAAAGGAACAGAAGAGUUAUGCAAGGCUUUCAGUUCCUUUAUUAAGAAACAGGGAAUGAGUAUUGUUCUAAACCCAGAGAAAGAUAAGACAAUGGUACAGGAGCUUCUUGACUUCAAGGAUCAGUUGGAUGGCGUCAUUGAACAAUCCUUUUUAAAAAGUGAAAGAUUUGUUGUUUCUAUGAAGGAGUCCUUUGAAGCUUUCAUCAAUAAGAGACCAAAUAAACCAGCUGAGCUGAUUGCAAAAUUUGUAGAUUCAAAGUUGAGAGCUGGAAACAAGGAAGCAACAGAGGAGGAGCUUGAGAAGCUGCUUGACAGGAUAAUGGUAUUAUUUAGAUUCAUUCAUGGCAAAGACGUAUUUGAAGCAUUUUAUAAAAAAGAUCUUGCCAAAAGGUUAUUGGUUGGGAAAAGUGCAUCAGUAGAUGCAGAGAAGUCUAUGUUAUCUAAACUAAAGCAAGAAUGUGGUGGCGCAUUCACAAGUAAACUUGAAGGCAUGUUUAAGGACAUGGAACUCUCUAAAGAUAUCAUGCUUCAGUUUAAACAACACAUUCAACAUCAUAAUUUGCCAAGUAAUAUAGAUAUGAAUGUCAGCAUUCUAACCAUGGGAUACUGGCCUACAUACUUGCCAAUGGAUGUACAUCUACCCACUGAGAUGGUUCAAUAUCAAGAGACAUUCAAGAGAUUCUAUCUUAGUAAACACAGUGGUCGCAAACUACAGUGGCAAAAUACUCUUGGGCAUUGUGUCGUCAAGGCUGAUUUUAUUGAGGGCUCGAAUGGUAAUCCCCAAGAGAAGAAGGAGCUUCAGGUGUCACUUUUCCAGACACUUGUUCUGUUGCUAUUUAACGAAGGCAAUGAUUACACUUUUGAAGAAAUCGCUCAAGCUACAGGUGUAGAGGAUGGAGAACUGAGACGAACGCUUCAGUCACUUGCAUGUGGGAAGGCUAGAGUCAUUAAAAAAAGACCCAUGGGCAAAGAAAUCGAUAAUGGUGACGUGUUUAGUUUUAACAAAGAUUUCAAGCACAAGUUAAUACGUAUCAAAAUUAAUCAAGUACAAAUGAAGGAAACGCCUGAAGAAAACGUGAACACUACAGAAAGAGUAUUCCAAGAUAGACAGUAUCAGAUCGACGCUGCCAUCGUGAGGAUAAUGAAGACUCGUAAGACACUCAAUCACGCUCUCUUGGUGUCAGAAGUAUACAAUCAGCUCAAGUUUCCUGUCAAGCCCACAGAUCUAAAGAAGCGAAUCGAAAGUCUCAUAGAACGUGACUACAUGGAGCGUGACAAGGAAAUAGCCAAUCAGUAUCAUUAUGUUGCGUGAUGUCUGCAAGAGAUCUGUAUCUAUUGAUGGUGUUUUUUCAGUUAUUGUGAAGCAUCACGCUAUAUUUACAGUGUUUGUGUUCCGCUAAUUCAUACUGAGGAAUGUUAGACUUGUCAGCCAGCAAGUCGAUACCUGUAGUCAAGUAUGACCUUCAUCGUGGCAAGUUAUUACUCUAGCUUUGCAGAUAUCUGUGCCUUCAACGACUACAAACACUUAUUGAUCAAUGUCACCUUACUUGAACCGCAGUAUAUAGGAGAAAGCUUUAUUACCAACAAGAAACUAUUGCAUAUCAUUGUCACUUUUCUUUAACCAAUCUGGCAAAACUGAACUGAAUGAAUGAUAACCAGGUCGUAUUCCUAAUGCUCGUAAAGUCUUUUUAAAUCGUUUUGCAAAAGCUCAGCUUAUUGUGUGACCAACUCUACCAUCAAUAGUACUGACUCGACUCCUACUUAAGAAAGGGUAAAACUUAGUAUUAGCACCCAUUAGGACGUUUGCAUGAUGGCGAUUAUUUGACUCCAACUACCAAGAUGCUUGGCAAAUUUUCUUUCUUAUUCCAAUUCGUGUUGCCUCAAGAGAAAAGUAAGACAAUUGGUGGUUAUUAACUAAACAAAAAAACGUGUGCAAGGCAUUCUGGUAGUGGUAGUCAAAUGACGUCAUCAUGCAAACGUCCUAUACAGGAAUAUAUUUGAGUUUACUUAGUACUAAUGUACGUCUGACGUGCUAGGUGGGUUCUCCCAGACAACAGAGGGUUACUAGUUGCAGAGCUGUACCCAAAGGGAGGGUUGCUGAAUCAUUUGAAUAGAGCUUCUCUUUAUCUGAUAAACACUUGAUAAACAAAUAUGAUGAAUAGCAUAAAAUACUCAGUGGAAAUAGUCAGAGUUGAAAGCAUUAAUAAACUAAAGGACUGUUUUUAUUUA